AUGAAGAACUUGAAAAUCAGCACGGUCUCCCAACAGGAUGUGCCCGAAACAUCGCAAAUCUUCGAUAUAAAUCCGAUAACUGGCGAGAUUAUAAUUGCAACCAAUAAUCAUCUCAUAUUCCCCGAAUCUGGCAAGCAAAUCGCAUUCGAAAAUCAAGAAAACCUGCCGAUUAUUCUAUUGUCAGUGAAAAAUGAGCAGGUUUUGGUUUUGUUGGCGAAUGGAAGUGGAUUUGGGUGGAUGGAGGGUGCUGAGGCUGCGGAAUUUUUAGAGAUCUGCGAUAUUUGUCAUAGUGAAAGAGCGUCUGCUGAAUGGAGUCCUGAUGAGCAAAUUUUGGCGAUUUCUGAUGGAAAUGCUCUAUUUUUCAUCGAUCCAUCGUUAACCACAUUUUAUGAGAGGUUUUUGGCUAAAAAAAAAGGUUUUUGGCUAAAAAAACCCCCAAAAUUUCCAGAAUUCUUUCAUUCAACGAUGAUGAAUUACACGCGGCACCAGUGAACGUCGGUUGGGGCUCGGAAAGCACACAAUUCCGCGGCUCGGCCGGAAAACUGAAAGCCGGUGAGAAAAUCGAGAAGGAACGUGUGGAGUUGGAGGCGCAUUCGAAGAAGUCGAGUGUUUGUUGGAGAUUUGAUGGGGAAUUUUUGGGAGUCUCGUAUUUUUCGGAAGGGGAGAGGACUAGAAUGUUGACGGUGCGUUUUUGUUUAUUGUUUUGAAUGAGGCUAAGUUACCCUAACUUUCUAGAAGUUAGGGUAACUUUGCCGCUGCGCGGAAGAUAGUGCCGCUUACGCGGAAGCUUGCGGUCUACACUCGCUCCGCUCGAAGCUUCCGCGUCUAGAUUACCCGUAGAAGUUAGGGUAACUUAUCCUCUUACGCGGAAGCUUCGAGCGGAGCGAGUGUAGACCGCAAGCUUCCGCGUAAGAGGCUAAGUUACCCUAACUUUCUAGAAGUUCUAGAACUUUCUAGAAGUUAGGGUAACUUUGCCGCUUCGCGGAAGAUAGUGCCGCUUACGCGGAAGCUUGCGGUCUACACUCGCUUCGCUCGAAUAAAGGGAAGCUUCCGCGUAAGAGGCUGAGUUACCCUAACUUCUACGGGAAAUCUAGACGCGGAAGCUUCCCUUUAUUCGAGCGAAGCGAAUGUAGACCGCAAGCUUCCGCGUAAGCGGCACUAUUUUCCGUGCAGCGGCAAAGUUACUCUAACUUCUACAGAUAAUCUAGACGCGGAAGCUUCCCUUUAUUAGCCCCAUAAAAGACAAAUCAAGCCUCACAUCUUCCAAAAAAAAAAAAAUGAAAUUGGUGAUUUUGAAGGCUUGAUUUGUCUUUUAGGCUGAUUAGAAGGUCUUAAAAUAGCAUUUCUGUACACUAAAAUGCGUUUUAGCUUCACUUUAUUCAAUUUGUUAAGAAAAUGGUGAAAAAAUGAAUGAAAAUACCGUUCGUGAAUCACUUUUUUGGUUUUUUUAACCUAAUUAACGUCGGUCGGAAUUAUAUAACUUGUAGCAAUCUUCAAUUUUUGUUUUCGAAAUUUCCUCCAAUUUGCAAUGCAAUAUGUGAUCGGAAAAAUUUUCGUAACAUUUGUUGAAUAAAGACACAUUAGAUUUUGAAAUGGUAAAUCAAAGUACCAUAAGACAAUUCCAAUAAAACUCAUAAAAUUGAACAAGAAAAUUGGUAUAUUUUGAUAGAUAAUUGCCAACUCAUAUUUUCUCUUUGUUUCAGACAAUAAUUGCGUAUUCCGAUGAAUUUUGAAUAAUAUGAAGGCAUGAAUGAAUAAUGAGAUAUAGGUUAUAAGAAAUUGCGAGAUUAUUGUAUAUUUUAUAUGGAAUAUAUUAGGUUCUUUUCCUUGCACAUCACAUUUGUAGGUGUUUUCAAGAAAAUUAUAUAUUAUACAUGAUUCUUCAAGUUUACAAUCAUUAUUUUUGUGUAACAACAUUGUGAAAAUAAUCUCGAUAACCACCAAAAAUAUCCAAAAUUUUAACCAUUUUCCCUCAACAAAUUUGUAAAGACAAUGAAUUUCUUGUACAAUAACAAAUCUUUGUAUAGAAAUCAAGAAAAUAAAUCCGAUUCCAGACGCGAAAAGGGGCGAGAUUGUUGUUUGAAUCCACGCGAAAAAUAAUAAAAAAUAAGUGAUUAUUGAGAUAUUCUUGAAAAUUAGCAGAAGACUGAUAGAUGAAAAGGUUAGAAUUGUAGUUAUUAUAUCAAUCAAAAUGAAAUAGAAGAUUGGUAGGUAGAUUUGAUAAAUCAAAGAUUUUCGAUCAUCCAAGCUUGAUUUUGUGAAAAUGUAGAUAUAGGGAAAUUUAAAAAUUGUUGGAAUAUGCUUCAAAAUAAGUUGGAUAAUCCAAUUAAUCUCGUUAGAGUUGGACAUUUUUUUUAGUGCAAGAAUGAAUAUGAAAUAUGAAAAAUUAUGGGCUUUCUAUGUAGUAAACUAUAAUUUUCUAUUCUUCUCUUGCCAAAAAUGGUAAUUAGAGAAAAUUAUAGUUUACUACCUAAAAAACCUAUAAUUUUUCAUAUUUCAUAUUCAGUCUUGCACUAAAAAAUGUCCAACUCAUUUUGAAGCAUAUUCCAACAAUUUUUAAAUUUCCCUAUAUCUACAUUUUCACAAAAUCAAUGAUCGAAAAUCUUUAAUUUAUCAAAUCUAUCUACCAAUCUUCUAUUUCAUUUUGAUUGAUAUGAUAACUACACUUCUAACCUUUUCAUCUAUCAGUCUUCUGCUAAUUUUCAAGAAUAUCUCAAUAAUCACCUAUUUUUUAUUAUUUUUCGCGUCUGGAAUCGCAUUUAUUUUCUUGAUUUCUAUCCAAAGAUUUGUUAUUGUACAAGAGAAUUUUACAAAUUUGCUAAAAUUUUGGCUAAAAAAAGAGAUUAUUUUCACAUUGUUGUUACACAAAAAUAAUGAUUGUAAACUUGAAGAAUCAUGUAUAAUAUAUAAUUUUCUUGAAAACACCUACAAAUGUGAUGUGAAAGGAAAAGAACCUAAUAUAUUCCGUAUAAAAUAUUCAAUAAUUUCGCAACUUUUUAUAACCUAUAUCUCAUUAUUCAUUCAUUGCUUCAUAUUAUUCAAAAUUCAUCGGAAUACGCAAUUAUUGUCUGAAACAAGGAGAAAAUAUGAGUUGGCAAUUAUCUAUCAAAAUAUCCCAAUUUUCUUGUUCACUUUUAUGAGUUUUAUUGGAAUUGUUUUAUGGUUCUUUGAUUUACCAUUUCAAAACUUAAUGUGUCUUUAUUCAACAAAUGUUACGAAGGUUUUUCCAAUCACAUAUUGCAUUGCAAAUUGGAGGAAAUUUCGAAAACAAAAAUUGGAAAUUGCUACAAGUUAUAUACCGACGUUAAUUAGGUGAUUCACAAAAUUAAAAAAAAAAAUUUUUUUUUUUUUGAAUAUAUUUUGUUUAAGAUUUGAUCUGAAAAUUUCCAGAUCUUCGACAAAAAUGGAGCUGUGCAGAGCUCAAUGAAUAUCCGCAAUAUUUAUUUGUCCGACUGUUUUGCAAUGCGCCCCAACGCAAAUCUCAUUUGCUCCUCAAUUUUGAAAGAAAACGGCAUGGAUGAAGUUGUAUUUUUCGAGCGAAAUGGCGAAACUCGAAAUGGAUAUUUGAUGAAAUGGUCGAAAAAUCAGAAAUCUAGAAGAAUCAAGAAGAUUUCCUGGAAUUCUACAGGAUCGAUUUUGGCUUUUCAUGUGAUUUGUGGAGAGGAAGAGUUUUGUGAGUUUUUAUCUGUUGAAGUUAGGGUAACUUUGCCGCUUCGCGGAAGAUCGUGCCGCUUACGCGGAAGCUUGCGGUCUACCAAUUUUCCGGAAAAUGAUUUUUAAUAGUAAUAUUUUCCGAAUAUUGCCUAAAUUUUGGGAAAUUUUCCAAGUUUAUGAUAGAAAAAAUGAAAUUUUUGAAAUUUUUUCAAUUUUUACGAUUUUUUUUCAACGUAAAAUCAUCAAAAUUUCGAUUUUGAUCCAAAUUUCAAAAAAUUUGAAUUUUUGAGUCAAAAUUUCAAUGAAAAUGAGAAUUUCAAAAAAAAAAUUUAAAAAAAAAUAUUAUUUUAAAUUUUGCCUAAAUUUUGGGAAAUUUUCCAAGUUUAUGAUAGAAAAAAUGAAAUUUUUGGAAUUUUUUCAAUUUUUACGAUUUUUUAAACGUAAAAUCAUAUCAAAAUUUCGAUUUUGAUCCAAAUUUCAAAAAAUUUGAAUUUUUGAGUCAAAAUUUCAAUGAAAAUGAGAAUUUCAAAAAAAAAUUAAAAAAAAAAUAUUAUUUUAAAUUUUGCCUAAAUUUUGGGAAAUUUUCCAAGUUUAUGAUAGAAAAAAUGAAAUUUUUGGAAUUUUUUCAAUUUUUACGAUUUUUUAAACGUAAAAUCAUAUCAAAAUUUCGAUUUUGAUCCAAAUUUCAAAAAAUUUGAAUUUUUGAGUCAAAAUUUCACUGAAAAUGAGAAUUUCAGAAAAAAAUUUUAAAAAAAAUUUUGGGAAAUUUUCCAAGUUUAUGAUAGAAAAAAUGAAAUUUUUGGAAUUUUACGAUUUUUUGAACGUAAAAAUAAGUUUUAGUGCCAAUUUAAGGCUGAAAAUCGCGAAUUUCAGAAUUUUCCGGAUUUUCCGCCUGAUAUUAAUGUUUUAAAAUUUGCAAUUUUAGGUCAGAAAAUUCGAAAAAUUCCUGAAAUUUAUAUAUUUUUGUUAGAAAAAACCACUUCUAGACUCAAAUUUCAUGCUGAAUUAGCUGAAAAUCUUUCCAAUUUCAGCCAAAAAUUCUGGAAUUUUCAGUGCAAUUCUGGAGACUUUCCAACUACGAAUUCACCCAAAAAAUCACCUGGAAACUGGAAAUUUCUUCAAAUUUCACCUUCAAAUGGAGCACAAUUGAUGAAAAUGUGAUUUAUGUGCUGGAAAAUGGGAAAUUCUGGAAUUUCUCGAUUUUUGAGAGUUCCUCGUAUUCCCAGGAUUUGGAAAUGAAUCUGGUUGUGGCGACAGAUGAGAUUCGAAUUUCGGACCUGUGCAAACGUGCGAUUCCACCGCCGAUGUUCGAAAAUUCGCUGAAUUUUGAGGCCGAUGUGGUUUUUUAUAGAAUUUUGGAGAAGAAAAUUCAUGUUUUGACGGCGGAUUCGGUUAUUCAUCAAUGUGAGGAUUUUGAGGGGGGGAAAACCUAACUUUCUAGAAGUUAGGGUAACUUUACCGCUGCGCGGAAGCUUGCGGUCUACACUCGCUCCGCUCGAAGCUUCCGCGGAAGCUUGCGGUUUACCCUAACUUUUUAGAAGUUAGGGUAACUUUGCCGCUGCGCGGAAGCUUGUGCCGCUUACGCGGAAGCUUGCGGUUUACCCUAACUUUCUAGAAGUUAGGGUAACUUUACCGCUUCGCGGAAGAUAGUGCCGCUUACGCGGAAGCUUGCGGUCUACCAAUUUUCCGGAAAAUGAUCUUUACUAGAAAUAUUUUCAAUUUUCCCUAAAUUUUGGGAAAUUUUCUCAAUUUAUGAUAGAAAAAAUGAAAUUUUUGGAAUUUUUUUCAAUUUUUCGGAUUAAAAUCAUAGAAAAAUUAAAUUUAGGUUCCCUAAAUAGGCAAAAUUUUGAAUCUAAAAUUGAAAAUUAAAAAAAAAUCCUAUUUUUUCAUUUUUUUGUGGAAAAAAAUGUGGAAAAAUAGGAAAAAAUAUAGUUUUUUCUCAAAAUUAAAAAAAAAAUUAAUUUUUUUCGAACCCCAUAAAAAUCGGAAUUUUUUGGUUCUAAAAUUAAAAAUAAUUAAAAAAAACAUUUUUUUACAAAAAUGUCAAAAAACAGGAAAAAAUAUAGUUUUUUUGCAAAAAAAAAAUGUUUUUUUAUUUUUUUUCCGACUUGAAAUACCCCAUAAAAAUCGGAAUUUUUCGGUUCUAAAAUUAAAAAAAAUAAUAAAAAAACAAUUUUUUUUACAAAAAAAAGGAAAAAAUGUCAAAAAAUAUAGUUUUUCGACAUUUUCUGAAUCGAAUUUUUGUAAAAAAAAAUUUUUUAAUUAAUUUUUUUCAGAAUUUUUCGGUCCUAAAAUUAAAUUUCCCGAAUAUCCUGAAUUUAGGGCUCAAAAUUCAGCCAAAAAAUAUGAUUUUUUGGCUGAAAUUGAAAACAAAUCAUGAUUUUCAGCCAGUUGAGCCUAAAAUUUGAGUCUAAAAGUGUUUUUUCUCGCAAAAAUAUAUAAAUUUCAGAAAUUUUUCGAAUUUUUUGACCUAAAAUUCCUAAAAAUCGGCUGAAAAUCGAAAUUUCAGACCUUGAAAAAUUUUCCAAAAAAAUUCUGAAAUUCGCGAUUUUCAGCCCUAAUUUGGCACUAAACCUUAUUUUUGUAAUUUAGUAACUAUUUGAGACGUUUUACGUUCAAAAAAUCGUAAAAUUUCAAAACUUUCAUUUUUUCUAUCAUAAACUUGGAAAAUUUCCCAAAAUUUAGGUAAAUUUGAAAUUAAAAAUUUUUUUAAAAAUUUUUUUUGAAAUUCUCAUUUUCAGUGAAAUUUUGACUUAAAAAUUCAAAUUUUUUGAAAUUUGGAUCAAAAUCGAAAAAAAAAAUCGUUAAAAUUGAAAAAAAUUCCAAAAAUUUUUUUUUUCUAUCAUAAACUCAGAAAAUUUCCCAAAAUUUAGGCAAUAUUCUGAAAAUAUUACUACUAAAGAUCAUUUUCCGGAAAAUUGGUAGACCGCAAGCUUCCGCGUAAGCGGCACUAUCUUCCGCGCAGCGGUAAAGUUACCAUAGCUUCUAGAAAGUUAGGGUAACUGAGCCUCGGAAAAUUGAUUUUUCCUUGAAAAAUUCUGAAUUUUCAGUCGCGCAAUCUUCCAACACAACAAACUUCCAAAAAAUCCAAACAUCUCUGCUCCAAAAUCCAUCAAAAGGCCCGAUUUCUGGUUUCACCUAUGAUUCUGAAGCUGAAACUUAUGCGAUCUCAAAAAAUAUCGAUUUUUCCGAAUUUGGAGCAAUUCAAGUUUAUAAUGUGAAAAUAUCGAAAGUUUGGCUAACUGCCGAAGCUGCUUUAUAUAUUGAUGGAACUAAAAUCGCAAGUAAUAUUAUUUCAAUUCUUCCCAAAGAAAAUGAUUUGAUGGUAAUUGAUUUUGAAAAUAAAUUGAGAUUUGUGGAUUUCGAAAAUCUCCGAUUUGCUGAAGAUGUGAGAGAUGUUGAAGCUGGUUGCGAAUUGGUUUCUGCAGAUUCCGCAACAGCUAAUGUGGUUUUGCAAGCUGCGCGAGGAAAUUUGGAGACGAUUCAGCCGAGAAGAUUUGUGAUUCGCGAGAUUAAGAGACUUCUAGAUGAGAAAUUGUAUAUUGAAGCUUUUAAGUUUAUGAAAAAACAUCGGAUUGAUAUGAAUUUUGCGAUGGAUUAUAAGAAGGAGGUGGGCGAAUUCUCUGAAAAGUUACCCGAACUUUCUAGAAGUUAGGGUAACUUUGCCGCUUCGCGGAAGAUAGUGCCGCUUACGCGGAAGCUUGCGGUCUAUACUCGCUCCGCUCGAAGCUUCCGCGUCUUGAUUACCCGUAGAAGUUAGGGUAACUUUACCGCUUCGCGGAAGAUAGUGCCGCUUACGCGGAAGCUCGCGGUCUACCAAUUUUCCGGAAAAUGAUCUUUAGUAGUAAUAUUUUCAAAAUUUCCCAAAUUUUAGGAAAUUUUCUAAGUUUAUGAUGGAAAAAAUGAAAUUUUUGGGAUUUUUUUUCAAUUUUCACGAUUUUUUUAACGUAAAAUCAUCAAAAUUUCGAUUUUGAUCCAAAUUUCAAAAAAAAAUUUAAAAAAAAAAAUAUUUUCCGAAUAUUGCCUAAAUUUUGGGAAAUUUUCCAAGUUUAUGAUAGAAAAAAUGAAAUUUUUCAGAAUUUUACGAUUUUUUGAACGUAAAACGUCUCAAAUAAUUACUAAAUUACAAAAAUAAGGUUUAGUGCCAACUUAAGGCUGAAAAUCGCGAAUUUCAGAAUUUUCCGGAUUUUCCAGUUCAAAAAAUCCGGAAAUUUGGGCUCUCAAAAGUUAGCAUAACUCAAUUUUUGAUGAUUUUUGUGAAAAAUUUUAUUUUUCUCAAAAAAUUAUUUUGAAAUGGAGCCGGAAAAUUCGAAAAAAUUUUCAAGAUCUGAAAUUUCGAUUUUCAGCCUAUUGGGCACUCAAAAAAUCGUAAAAUUCUGAAAAAUUGAAAAAAAUUCCAAAAAUUUAAUUUUUUCUAUCAUAAACUUGGAAAAUUUCCCAAAAUUUAGGGAAAAUUGAAAAUAUUACUAGUAAAGAUCAUUUUCCGGGAAAUUGGUAGACCGCAAGCUUCCGCGUAAGCGGCACAAUCUUCCGCGCAAGCGGCAAAGUUAGCCUAACUUCUACGGGAAAUCUAGACGCGGAAGCUUCGAGCGAAGCGAGUGUAGACCGCAAGCUUCCGCGUAAGCGGCACUAUCUUCCGCGAAGCGGUAAAGUUACCCUAACUUCUAAAAAGUUAGGGUAACUAACUGUGAAAAUUUCCCAAAAUUUUCCGGAAAAUCCAGAAAAUCGAUUUCAUUUUCAGACGCUCUCUGCUGACGCUGAAACUUGGCUCCAAAACACAUGCGAUUCUCAACUUCUCGAGCAACUUAUCGUAAGUUGCACCGAGCAAAAAUCGGAUGAGGGAAAUGAAUUGUGCACAAAAGUUUAUGAGGAAAUUUUGAAAAUUGAAGAUUUGAAGAGAAAAACGAAACUUUUUCCGCUUUUGCUGACUUCGCUGCUGAGAUCGACGCCUUCGAGAAUUAAUGAUUCGUUGAAGGAAAUUCAGGAAUUUGUGAAGGAUGUUGGUGAGUUAUGACGUGGCAAAAUUUGAAGGAGCGGCGCGGAAGUUACCCUAACUUUUUAGAAGUUAGGGUAUUUUUACCGCUGCGCGGAAGAUAGUGCCGCUUACGCGGAAGCUUGCGGUCUACACUCGCUCCGCUCGAAGCUUCCGCGUCUAGAUUAUCUGUAGAAGUUAGGGUAACUUUACCGCUGCGCGGAAGAUCGUGCCGCUUACGCGGAAGCUUGCGGUCUACACUCGCUCCGCUCGAAGCUUCCGCGUCCAGAUUAUCUGUAGAAGUUAGGGUAACUUUACCGCUGCGCGGAAGAUAGUGCCGCUUACGCGGAAGCUUGCGGUCUACACUCGCUCCGCUCGAAGCUUCCGCGUAAGAGGCCAAGUUACCCUAACUUUAUAGAAGUUAGGGUAACUUUACCGCUGCGCGGAAGAUAGUGCCGCUUACGCGGAAGCUUGCGGUCUACACUCGCUCCGCUCGAAGCUUCCGCGUCUAGAUUACCCGUAGAAGUUAGGGUAACUUUGCCGCUUCGCGGAAGAUAGUGCCGCUUACGCGGAAGCUUGCGGUUUACACUCGCUCCGCUCGAAGCUUCCGCGUCUUGAUUAUCCGUAGAAGUUGGGGUAACUUUGCCGCUGCGCGGAAGAUAGUGCCGCUUACGCGGAAGCUUGCGGUCUACACUCGCUCCGCUCGCUAUGCCAAGCAGCCGAGCCUUGAGAUACUCUAUGUCAAGCAGCCGAGCCUUGAGAUACGUUAUGUCUAGGAGCGGCGCCUUGAGAUACUCUAUGUCAAGCAGCCGAGCCUUGAGAUGAUAUAUGUCAAGGAGCCGCGCCUUGAGAUUCUCUAUGUCAAGGAGCGGCGCCUUGAGAUACUCUAUGUCAAGCAGCCGAGCCUUGAGAUACGUUAUGUCUAGGAGCGGCGCCUUGAGAUACUCUAUGUCAAGCAGCCGAGCCUUGAGAUGAUAUAUGUCAAGGAGCCGCGUCUUGAGAUACUCUAUGUCAAGGAGCCGCGCCUUGAGAUACUUUAUGGAAAGCAGCCGCGCCUUGAGAUACUCUAUGUCAAGCAGCCGCGCCUUGAGAUAGUAUAUGUCAAGGGGCGGAGCCUUGAGAUACUCUAUGUCAAGCAGCCGAGCCUUGAAAAAAUAAAAUUCUUGCAGAAGAUCGAAAAGACGUGUUCACCCGUCAAAGUCUCCACCAUGUCUCAUUUUUUGUGCCCGCCAAGGAAUUGUUCAACUGCGCCCUAUCGACAUAUGAUCUGAAAUUGGCGCAAAAAGUUGCGGAAGCCUCGAACUACGAUCCCAAAGAAUAUCUACCAAUUCUGAACAGGUUGAAUAAAUUUGAAAAUGAGCUGGAAAAACAGUACAGGAUUAAUUUGGUGCGCGAAAAUUGGGUGGAUUGUUUGAAGUCGCUUUUUGUGCUGGAUAAAUAUGAGCAAUCUGAGGAGAAAUCGGAAAAUUGGUGGAAAGAAGCGGAAGAGAUUAUUGAACGGGAGAAUUUGUAUGAAGAAUCGUUGAAAAUUGCGAACUCGCGGGAUGAGAAAAGAUAUGCGAAUUGUUGUGAAUUGUAUGCGAAAUAUUUGGAGAAGAAGUUUUUGUGGAAAGAGGCGGCGAUGUUUUUUGAGUUGGCGGGCGAUUUGGAAAAGGUGGGGGGUUUUUUGAGGGUAAAAAUUGGAAAAUUUGGAUUAAAAUGAAUUUUUUUAUGUUAAAAACCGAGAAAAUUUCACGAAAUUUGAUAUUUUUACGUUAAAAACCGAGAAAAUUAACCAAAAUUUGAUAAUUUUCCGGAUUUUCAUAUCAAAAUUUCGAUUUUGAUCCAAAUUUUUAUAAAAAAAUUUGAAUUUUUGAGUCAAAAUUUCAGUGAAAAUGAGAAUUUCAAAAAUUUUAGUUUCAACAUACAGUAACUCUAAAAAAUUCAAGGUACAUUAAUUCUUUUAAAAUUUAAAAAAAUCUAGAAAAAUAUUGGAAAGGUGGGAAAAAAUGUUGAAAUUGCAAAAAAUUGGCUUGAAAAGUCGUAUCAAAAUUUUGAAACGUAUUUUUUCGGGUUUUGAAUUUUUGAGUCAAAAUUUCAUAAAAAAUGAGAAGUUCAAUAAAAUGGCUUGAAAAGUCACCAAAAUUUCCAAAAAUCGAUAAUUUCCAGAAAAUUAAACCCCGAAAAAUUUCAGCUAGUUUUUUGACAUUUUCUGAAUCGGAAUUUUUUGUAAAAAAAUAUUUUUUUAAAAUUGUUUCUUUCGAUUCGAAUCACCCCACAAGAGAUUGGAUAUUUAUGUGUCAAAAUUCACAAAUUUUGCUAUUUUUGUCAGAAAUUCGAUAAAUUCCUGAAAUUUAAAUAGUUUUGUUAGAAAAAACACUUCUAGAUGCAAAUUUUAAGUUGAAAAGGCUGAAAAUCAUGCUUUUUUCCAAUUUCAGCCAAAAAAUCUGUCUGCAAUCUCUCGUUUUUGUGUGCUAUUUCUCUGAGUUUUGAGCCCUAACUUCAGGACCUUCGGGAAAUUUAAUUUUAGAACCGAAAAAUUUCGAUUUUUAGCUGAAAAUUGAUAAUUUUUCCCAGAGAUUGGAUAUUUAUGUGUCAAAAUUCACAAAAUUUGCUAUUUUAGGUCAGAAAUACGAUAAAUUCCUGAAAUUUAAAUAUUUUUGGGAAAAAAAAUGAAAAAAAAAUUGUUUGUAAAAAAAUGUUUUUUUAUUAUUUAUUUCGACUCGAAACACCGCAUAAAAAUUUGUGGAAUUUUUUAAGAAAAUUUUUUUGAAUUCAUUUUUGACAUUAAAAUAAAACUUGAAUUUCACAAUUUUCGUGCCAAAAAUGUUUUUUUUUUUUUUUAAUUUUCCAGAAAAAUCAUGAAAAUUCACCAAAAAAAAUUUCAAGCUACAGUAUACCCUGAAAAUCCGUCAAAAUCUUAAUUUGGUGAAAUUCUCAUUAGAGUAGCCCUAAAAUCCCGAAAAAUCUUGAAAAUUUCGAAAAAAAAGUUUUUUUUCUGUGAACAUUUUUUGUACUGAAAAGUUUUGUGGAGUUUGCCACGUCAUAAUUCAGAGUUAGGCUAACUAAAAAAAAAUUUUUCAGACUCUCAAAUCGUGGGAAAUGUCACGUGACGUGGACGGGCUUAUCUCAGCGGCUCGGCGAGCCAAACUCGACUUCGCCCAACUCAAAAUCCACGCCAUCAAAAUGUCGUCAGCUCUACGAGAAUCGCGUCAACUCAAAGAGUGCGCAAAAGCCCUAAAACUCGCAAAUUCGCCGAUUUCGCAAAUUGUUCAAGUUUUGUGUGAGGCACAAGAAUGGCUUUUGGCUUCACGGGAAGUUGAGGAAAAAUUCGGCGAGAGUUUGGAUAAGUCGCAGGAGAUUUUGAGGAAUUCGGCGAUUUCCAGAUGGGAAACGCUGAAAUUGGAGUUGAUGAGAAGAAGCGCGGAAUUUGAGAGGUAAUUUUUGAAUUUUCAAAACUAUAGUCUAGUUUGGUUUCAAAAUCUUCAAAAAACUAUGAAUUUUCUGGAAUUUUCAAAGUUUUUAGAAAAAUUCAAGAAUUUUCAAAACUAUAGUCUAGUCUAGUCAGAAAAUUAUGAAUUUUCAAAACUAUAGUCUAGUCUAGUCUCAAAAUCUUCAAAAAACUAUGAAUUUUCUGGAAUUUUCAAAGCUUUUAGAAAAAUUCAAGAAUUUUCAAAACUAUAGUCUAGUCUAGUCAGAAAACUAUGAAUUUUCAAAACUAUAGUCUAGUUUGGUCGCAAAAUUGUCAUGAAUUUUCAAAACUAUAGUCUAGUCUCAAAAUUGUCAGAAAACGAUGAAUUUUCAAAACUAUAGUCUAGUCUAGUGUCAGAAAAUUAUGAAUUUUCAAAACUAUAGUCUAGUUUGGUUUCAAAAUCUUCAAAAAACUAUGAAUUUUCUGGAAUUUUCAAAGUUUUUAGAAAAAUUCAAGAAUUUUCAAAACUAUAGUCUAGUCUAGUCUCAAAUUAUGAAUUUUCAAAACUAUAGUCUAGUCUAGUAUCAGAAAACUAUGAAUUUUCAAAACUAUAGUCUAGUUUAGUGUCAGAAAACUAUGAAUUUUGCAAAACUAUAGUCUAGUCUAGUGUCAGAAAACUAUGAAUUUUCAAAACUAUAGUCUAGUCUAGUGUCAGAAAACUAUGAAUUUUCAAAACUAUAGUCUAGUUUAGUCUCAAAAUUGUCAUGAAUUUUGCAAAACUAUAGUCUAGUCUAGUGUCAGAAAACUAUGAAUUUUCAAAACUAUAGUCUAGUCUAGUGUCAGAAAACUAUGAAUUUUCAAAACUAUAGUCUAGUCUAGUGUCAGAAAAUUAUGAAUUUUCAAAACUAUAGUCUAGUCUAGUUUCAGAAUUUCAUGGAUUUUCAAAACUAUAGUCUAGUCUAGUCUCAAAAUUAUGAAUUUUCAAAACUAUAGUCUAGUCUAGUGCCAGAAAACUAUGAAUUUUCAAAACUAUAGUCUAGUCUAGUGUCAGAAAACUAUGAAUUUUCAAAACUAUAGUCUAGUCUAGUGUCAGAAAACUAUGAAUUUUCAAAACUAUAGUCUAGUCUAGUGUCAGAAAACUAUGAAUUUUCAAAACUAUAGUCUAGUCUAGUGUCAGAAAACUAUGAAUUUUCAAAACUAUAGUCUAGUGCCAGAAAACGAUGAAAUUUCAAAACUAUAGUCUAGUCUAGUGUCAGAAAACUAUGAAUUUUCAAAACUAUACUCUAGUCUAGUGUCAGAAAACUAUGAAUUUUCAAAACUUUAGUCUAGUCUAGUGUCAGAAAACUAUGAAUUUUCAAAACUAUACUCUAGUCUAGUGUCAGAAAACGAUGAAUUUUCAAAACUAUAGUCUAGCCUAGUCAGAAAAUUAUGAAUUUUCAAAACUAUAGUCUAGUCUAGUAUCAGAAAACUAUGAAUUUUCAAAACUAUAGUCUAGUUUAGUGUCAGAAAACUAUGAAUUUUGCAAAACUAUAGUCUAGUCUAGUGUCAGAAAACUAUGAAUUUUCAAAACUAUAGUCUAGUCUAGUGUCAGAAAACUAUGAAUUUUCAAAACUAUAGUCUAGUUUAGUCUCAAAAUUGUCAUGAAUUUUGCAAAACUAUAGUCUAGUCUAGUGUCAGAAAACUAUGAAUUUUCAAAACUAUAGUCUAGUCUAGUGUCAGAAAACGAUGAAUUUUCAAAACUAUAGUCUAGUCUAGUCUCAAAUUAUGAAUUUUCAAAACUAUUGUCUAGUCUAGUCAGAAAACUAUGAAUUUUGCAAAACUAUAGUCUAGUCUAUUCAGGGAAUCAUGAAUUUUCUAAACUAUUGUCUAGUCUAGUCAGAAAACUAUGAAUUUUGCAAAACUAUAGUCUAGUCUAGUCUCAAAAUAGACUCUAGGCAAUCUUACACUCAAAAUUUGCGCAUUUUUGCCACGUCAUAACUAGAUUUUUCCAAUUUUUCCAGAUAUCGUGCACGUCUCCAAAUUGUUCGAGAAAAUAAGCUGAAAAAAUUGGAACAAUUUGCGGCUGGAGAAAUUGAGGAUUUGAGAGAUGAUAUUUCAAUGAUUUCCAGUAUUUCGAGUAGAUCUGGAAGUUCGAAAGUUUCGAUGGCUUCGACUGUUCGAAGGAGAAAACAGGUUUGCUCAUGUUAACCGAAAAUUCGACAAAAUUGUCUAAUAUUGCUCAUAUUAUAGUUGGAAAGCUGAAAAUCCGCAAAUUUUGAGUGUAAAUAUGCCUAGAGUCUAUUUUGAGACUAGACUAGACUAUAGUUUUGAAAAUUCAUGACAAUUUUGAGACUAGACUAGAUUAUAGUUUUGAAAAUUCAUAGUUUUCUGACACUAGACUAGACUAUAGUUUUGAAAAUUCAUAAUUUCUUGAACAUUUUGAGACUAAACUAGACUAUAGUUUUGAAAAUUCAUAGUUUUCUGACACUAGACUAGACUAUAGUUUUGAAAAUUCAUAGUUUUCUGACACUAGACUAGACUGUAGUUUUGAAAAUUCAUAGUUUUCUGACUAGACUAGACUGUAGUUUUGAAAAUUCAUAGUUUUCUGACACUAGACUAGACUAUAGUUUUGAAAAUUCAUAGUUUUUUGAAACUAGACUAGACUAUAGUUUUGAAAAUUCAUAGUUUUCUGACACUAGACUAGACUAUAGUUUUGAAAAUUCAUAGUUUUCUGACACUAAACUAGACUAUAGUUUCGAAAAUUCAUAGUUUUUUGAAACUAGACUAGACUAUAGUUUUGAAAAUUCAUCGUUUUGAGACUAGACUAGACUAUAGUUUUGAAAAUCCAGGAUUUUUUGAAACAAGACUAGACUAUAGUUUUGAAAAUUCAUAGUUUUCUGACAACUAGACUAGACUAUAGUUUUGAAAAUUCUGGAAAAUAGGGAUUUUCCGGGAAAAUUUGGAAUCAAAAAGAAAAUCUGAAUUUUUUGAAACUAGACUAGACUCUAGUCAAAAAAUCUGGAAUUUUCAGAUCGAAAAAAAGAAAAAUUCGCUGAAAGAAGGCGGCGAAUACGAAGAUUCUGCACUUCUCAAUGUUUUGGCUGAAAAUUACACGUGGAUGCAGCAAACUCGCGGCGAAAUCGCUCAACUUUUGCCAGUUUUGAUUGUCAGCGGAAAAAUGCGCGAAAGUUUAGAACUUCGCGAUUCCGCUGAAGAAUUUACGCGAAAAUUGGUGAAAUCGAAAAUGUCGAUUUGGCCUGAGAACUUGGCUAUUCAGAUGUUGCCGGGACCACUUUAUUCUGUGCUUGAUCCGAAUUUGGAACCAUCACCUGUUCCAAUGCCAACCGUGUUUAGAUUGGAACCGGAAUUGAUUCCGCCAAAUUUUAAUUUUCCAGUGAUUUUUCCAUGA